AUGACCAGAUUAUCCACCCUCCCUUUUGCCCUCCUCGUUUUUACCACAACCUUCACCACCGCCCUCUCAGCAGACUCCACCAACCCUCCCAGCCUCGAAUCUCUCAAUCUCACCACCCCCAACCCUCCCAGCCUCGAAUCUCUCAAUCUCACCACCCCCAACACCCCCACCACCUUCACCGACCUAAACACCUGCGACACCGUCCAACUAACCCGCGCCAACAUCCUUUUGGGAAUAAACUACCUAAUCUCUCUCGGCAACACGCCCUGCGUCGUCGGGCAAGAAAGCGUCGUCUUCGUGACGAAGGGAGAUGUGGCGAUCACGGGGUAUAAUGGGCUUAUGGGCGGGACCGCAUCGGUGCCCUGUAAUGAUGUGGGGAUCUCGGCGAGAUGGAUUGUUAGUCAUUGCGCGUCGGGGCCGUUGGCGUUUGGGGGGGCUACGACGGCGAUUGGAAAGAAGGAGGUGGUUAUUAGGAUUAGGAAGGCGUAG